CCGCGCAGAAACUGGCUUUGAUUACCCGGGCAACUCGGCUACAUGACACUGCGCCUCUCAGGCCACGCGAUGCGCAUCUGGCGAUGAUAAAUAAAUAAAGAGGCGUCCGAUUACAGCCCGAUCGGGUGACGCUGUUCACCAGCUUGAAGCAUUCGGUGAGUCUGCACUUAGCCCCAGCACUCAGAUUGGGGGAGCAGCAGAAAACAAAAGCGUCAGGAGGCAAGUUGGCCAAGUUGUUGGCUGAUCAGUCGGACGGAGUGAGGGAGCCGCUGCAGCCUGAGCCCCGGGGGCAAGAUGCACACCACCCAGAAGGACACCACCUUCACCAAGAUCUUCGUCGGCGGGCUGCCCUAUCACACCACGGACGCGUCUCUCCGCAAGUACUUCGAGGUGUUCGGCGAUAUCGAGGAGGCGGUGGUGAUCACGGACCGGCAAACCGGCAAAUCCCGCGGCUACGGCUUUGUGACCAUGGCUGACCGGGCGGCGGCGGAGAGGGCAUGCAAAGAUCCCAACCCCAUCAUCGACGGCAGGAAAGCCAAUGUCAACCUGGCUUACCUCGGGGCCAAACCUCGCAUCAUGCAGCCGGGUUUCGCUUUCGGAGUGCAGCAGAUUCACCCCGCUUUCGUCCCCAGGCCGUAUGGGAUCCCCACUCAUUAUGUCUACCCACAAGCCUUUAUGCAACCUGGAGUCGUCAUUCCUCAUGUGCAACCUGCAGCUGCCGCGACCCCUUACAUUGACUACACAGGAACUGCAUAUGCACAGUAUUCUGCAGCCACAGCCGCUGCUGCCGCUGCCGCCUACGAGCAGUAUCCAUUCGCUGCAUCCCCUGCUGCCGCGGCAGCAGCUGCUGGUUAUGUCACUGCCGCGGGGUACAGCUACGCAGUGCAGCAGCCUAUGCCCAAUGCAGCUCCCGGGGCAACUGCUGCCGCAGCCUUCAGCCAGUACCAGCCACAGCAGCUGCAGACUGACCGCCUGCAAUAACAGUGGAACUUUUUUAAACAUAGAAGUACGCGAUAUGUUUAGAAUCAGGAGAGCAACCAUAUAUUCCAGCACUCCUCAACUAGUUACAACUACAGGACAUAAACGGACGUGGGGUGGGAGACAAAGAUAUACUACUUUAUGAUUGUGAGGGAAAAAUAUUUUUGCAGCUUUGAUUACUACAAACAAUUGUGCGGUAUAAUGUCAUAGCACAAGAAGACGGGAUAGCAGAAUAUGCUUUUUUGUUUACAAUCAAGAAAUAUAUUAAAAUGCAAGUCCAAAGCCUCAACCAGCCUGCAACAUUCAUGUAUUAACAAUGGGACAUAAUGUAGUAUAACUGUUCAAACGAUUUCUUCAUCAGGGAAAAUGCUGCGUUUCUUUCAGCAUGUAAGAACUGCAGGAGCUGUAUGCAAUAACGUGUGAUAUGCAAUAAUAAUUUAAAUAAUAAAUGAGAUGUACUUGUCGAGGAGUCAGUGAGACACUGAAAAAUUCAACAUUAUAGUAAUGACUACCAUUUCAAUUUAAAAGCACUGAAUGUCAUACUUUUUUUUUAAACUCUGACCUAUGCAAAGUAUUUGAGAUAUUUGAAGUCUUUCUUGGGCAUCGAACAAUCAAAGCACAUGACCAUGUGGCAUGAUGGACCAGGCACCAACAUUAUUUAUUUUUUUUAAAAUAUAUUCUUCCCUUCUAUGCAUGAAUAGAAAUCUGAGCAAGUGAUCUGGAUUUAAUGGACAGAACAGCUGUGCGGACAAUUAAUAAGGUAGACAUUUCUGGAAAUACACAUCACUUGUGCAUGUUUGAUGACUUGUCACAUUUUAAUCCACUCCCCCAUCCCACCCCAACCAUCCUGUUUCACUUUCGGGAAACUUUAACUGCUGCUGUCAGCACUUUGGAUCUGAAAUCAGAUCAGUCCCUAACAAUAACAGUCUCCUCUCUGUUUUACUGCAUCUGUCCAUGGUCAUUGAUUGAAAGCAAAAAGUUUAAAAAAAAGUGAAUUUUAUUAGUCAUUGGUUGAAACUGUGCCUUAUAAAAUACUGUAUUGUAAUACUAUUUUAAAAUUAUUUAUUGUAAAUGUUUUUACAGUAUGCACACUAAAGAAGGGGACAUAAGUGCGAAACUGUAUAUGUAUUCAGCUCAUUGCAAUAAAUUAUUAAGUAGGUAUUAGUUUAUAAUGUUAGACCAUAUCAAUCUUCAAAAUGUUGACUCCAGUUUUUAUUUAAAAUAUUUCUGACGCACUAUUCAGUGGUAUUGUUACCUUGACAUUUGUCAGUUUUAGGAUAUUAAAUUAAUAUUUACUCUUUUUUUUUCAUAAUGUUACAAGCUGUACAUAGAAAGACCUCUGGCUUUAGGCUUUUAGAAAUGUCAAACAUUUAGAUUUAUGUUAAAAUAGUUAGAACAAUUAUUCUGCCUGGUAGAAAGCUGUAACUGCUGCGCUGUCGCCUGUUUCUAAAUCUCAAUUGCUUGCAAUCUUAAAUGUUUUUAUUAUAUAUACUUCAAACAGGUGAAUAUUCUAAAUGUAGAUUCUUUUUAUACUUGAUGAAAAAAAAUCUAAGAUUUUCUUACAAGGGAAAGACCACCAAGCAUUUUGAAAACCUUUUUCAUGUUGCUGGACAAGUUUAAUUAAUCAAGCUAUGGUAGCUAGC